UCCACUCGUCAUGUCGAGCUUACUUACGGAAAUUUAGUUCUCGAUUGUCCUGUACCUGAUAAAGUACUUCGUAAUGUUAAAUAUAAUGAUGGUGAAGAAUUUUCCACUAUGCGAUACACUGCUGUCACUUGUGAUCCAGAUGAUUUUAUUCAAAAUAAAUAUCUUCUUCGACCUCAUAUUUAUGGUAGAAAAACUGAACUUAUGAUUGUAAUGACUAUGUAUAAUGAAGAUGAUAAUCUUUUUAUCAAAACAAUGUCUUCUGCUAUCAAAAAUGUUGCUCAUCUCUGUACAAGAGAAAAAUCUAAAACAUGGGGACGUGAAGGUUGGCAAAAAGUAGUUGUGGUAAUAGUUUCUGAUGGUCGUAAUAAGAUCAAUAAAAGAACUCUAAAUGUUUUGGGUGCUAUGGGUGUUUAUCAGGAUGGAAUAAUGCAAGAUAAU